ACUCUACUCAUGACUCUUCCAUGACUCCUUGCGAACAGCAAGGCAGGUAUUCAUUCUUGCCUUCGUCCCGUGGAUUUCACUUGCUCGUCCACGACACCCUGUCAAAUUUGGAUACAUGCCCAAGAAACACCAAAAACGAGUCCUAUUCAUAAAGCCGCAGUCCAGCAGCCCUCACACGCUCUCGCUCUCGAAGUCCCCGGCGUCGAGAACACAAAAUGGAGACACCCCGCGCACCGUCAACGACCUGAUCCGCGAGUCUCGUCGCCAGCAAUUGAAAAAUGAUACGAGAGCCACGACCGCCACCAAUGUGCCGUCUAUCCAUCCCUCCUUGAGAGCCGUCCUUGACCUGCCCGACCCACCGACGCCCGCUCCGCGACCGGGAUUUGGUCCUCGCGCAGCCGGUGGCACUCCAGGUCCAAGUCGACUGCGGCGCAUCCCUGGGCCCCCUCCACCACAGAGCUGGCUCGCAGACAGCAGUCAUGCGCCCGCCUCUGUUCGCGCCGCGGCUCUCGCCAGUGAUGCAGACACCGGAAAUGGACGCAUCCAAGUCCGGUCGAGUAAUCUGCCGGAUGGAGCCUUUCCCUCGGCCACCUCCCUCCAGCAUCUUUUGUUGAAGAACAUGGCUUGCAACUGGGAAUGGCAUGCAGAAAAUGACCGCGACUAUUUUGAGUAUCUGCCUGUUUCACUCAGGGAAAAGCUGUUGAGCUACAUUGCGGUAUACAGCGAGGAGAUCACCAGCAAUCCGUUGAGGAUUCUGUUUCUAAAUGAAACCUCCAGCGAAGACAGGGCGGAGGUGAGGAGGCUGGACUUAAGCAAUGCUUUAGGGGCUUGGACAACUUUGAAACAGCUAGAGAGAGAUCUAUUGGUCAAGAACGCAGUUCCUGCGCGGAUCGAGACGGUGACAGACACUCGAGCUGGAACAUUGGAUCCAACGCCCGAUAGCUGGGACGCUGAUGCGGACAGCAACGCCGUGGCUGCGGUCACCCCAACAAUCAGUUCCCUUCCCAAAACCGUCCACAACUUCGGGAAUCUGAAGCAUCUCUCCCUCGCCAUCUCUCCAUCGAGCGUCAAAGCCGCCUCUUGGGCUUCGCUACUUUCUCUUGCUAGUGAGUUGAACACUUUGACCUCUCUUUCGCUCGCAUACUGGCCUCAGCCUACAUUUACGCCGAACGCCGCAUCCACAAGAGCCUUAAUCGACAUACCGGGCUCUAGAUCGGUCGUGUAUGGUGGAUCGGAUUUUUAUACGUCGUUCGACAAUGACUGGCGAGAAGCAGCAGGCAUACUCCGGACGCUGAGCCGAUCCCUAUACUGCCUGAAAUGGCUGGAUCUCACAGGCUGUGGGGAUUGGUUUGCUGCGCUGGAAUGGACUCCCCCUCGCACAGGUCUUUUCUUUUCGCAUUCGUCAUCUCCUCCCAACAGGGAAAAGGUUGGUCCUGAAUGGAACAGUGGCUGGCGCGGGCUCGAGACUCUGGUGCUGGAAGUUGGAUGGAGACCCAUUCCUCCUGCCGCGAUAGGUCACGGCUCCUAUGCACAGGACGAGGAUAUCGAGGCGGAGCGCCGACUUUACCGGUACAAGAAAGAGCGAGAGCGCUUCGACAAGAUUCGAAACACCGCACAGUCUGUCGCGCGGUAUUUGCGGAAUGUCCGCAAGGAGGCUGGUGGGAAGUGGAUUGAGGUCGAAUACGGCGAGGAUCUCGUAACGUCCCUGGCGCGUGACCGGCGGUUGGCAGACGCAUGAUCGGCCCUUAUCGAGGUUCAAUAUGAUUAUCACUUUGUGAAAAAAUUCGUGAUUCGUUGUGUUCCAGGCUCAAUUUUCUUUGUGGG